GUGUCACUGUGAAAUUAUCCCGGAGGAGAAAAUUGAACAGUGUCAAAGGUUCCGAGUCACUUCGAACAAGGCAUCCAAGCUGAUGGUGGAUGCGGUUAACCACACGAGUUAAGUGAAACUGAAGAAACCAGCUAUAGGUUGUGGUUUCUAACCUGGAUGACAAGCAUGCAGUGUAUAGAGCCUGACACACAUUUAUCCGGUGACUUCCCAUACCACUUUAACCAGGAGGGGCUGCUGUGUCACAAAGAUACCCGAGAGACCUUUGUUUUCCGUUAUAGAAGAGGGGAUGUGUUGGGACUGCAAAGGGAGCACCAGCUUUUGGGCAGAUACAUCACCAUGUAUGUGUACAGUCUCCUAGAGGAGCAGUGCCACUUACAAAGGCUCUCCUUAUCUGCCAGCCAAUUGGACCCCCAGCUCCAGGACUUUGUCUUCAUAAGUCCCAAAGCCAAUGAAAGUCCAGGAACCCUGGCCGUCCUAAUCCAGGACAGGGGGACGGUGCGCUGUGGGCAGUGGAGCUGGAGGAUGAUUGCCAGUAAGGGGCUGGAGUGGGGCAGCCAGCUGUCCUACGUGAGACGGGCCCUGGCAGAGUCCUGGGAGGUGCUGAUAAUGAAUCCCAACCAGAGCAGCUCCCCCGAAGAGCACGUCAGCCUCGCGUGGGAGUGUGUGAUUUCCCGGGGCGCCGCAAAGCAAGUGGUGGUGGUCAUGCAUGGCUAUGGGGGCGUGGCCUUUGUGGAUUUGUUGUCACGACAGCCACAAGACGUUAAGGGGCGAGUUCAUGCGGUCGCCUUUGUGGAUUCCUCGCACAAUCCCUGGCACCAAUUGCUCGACACCGAUAGCCGGGAUUGGCUAAAAUCCAAGUCCAGGAAGUGGGUACUGAGCCCCAAGCCCCUCAACCAGCCCGUAGGGUCCCUCAAGGCUGAGUGCCGACAGCUGUCAGCCGGGACCCAGUGCCACGAAGCUGCACCCGCUGCCUGUGUGGAUGCCAUAUUCCGGUUCUUCACCAAGAUUCUCCGGAACAGAUCGCCACCCAUGCCCUUCGACAUCGUCACCAGGAGCAGGAGCCAUGGCGCUCCAAGAGCUGUGAAUUCUCCCGGAUAGCAGGCUUAGCCGGCAGUCACGGAUUCCCUCAUCAUUGACGCUGAAAGGAUAAUUCUGAAAUGCCAACAUAUAACAUAUUUGUAUCCAUCUACAUGAAUGUGGAAUUUAUUUUGCAGUUUAAAAUAUUUUUUUGACUAACAAAGCAAUAAAAUUCUGAAUUGCACUCCUGAA